AUGGCUUUAGGGGGCCAGUCACAGGCUUGGCUUGCAAAUCCGAUCGCAGGAACAGUGACGAGUCCCACAACCUUGAUAGCGUCUUCAACAAACGGGACUGGUAACUGCUCUUCCUCUUCGCAACACGGCAUCCAGUUUUUGGAGUUCAAGGCGGGGACGGGAAGUAGCAAGCUAUGGUCGCUCUCGAGCAAAGUUUGCAGCCUUUGCUCCGUCUCCCGCGGCAAGAAGUCGAGACUUUCUCUCGGUUUGCCGUUCCUGGCAUCGUCAUCGCCAUCCUCCUCGCCGUUGCCAUCGUCGUCUUCACCUCCCGAGGCACCGUCCAGCAGCGAGAAGAAGUUGCAUUCCUUGCGGCUGACCGGCUUUCCAGCUCUCGAGAAGCAGUAUGCGUUUCUGGACACACCGACGAGCCGGGGCUCCUCGGGAGGAGUUCCCGUCUAUGUCAUGCUUCCUCUCGACAGCGUCAACGUGAACAACACCUUAAACCGGAGGAGGGCCUUGAACGCGGGGCUGAUAGCGCUCAAGAGUGCUGGAGUGGAGGGCGUGAUGGUGGACGUCUGGUGGGGGAUUGUAGAGCGAGAAAAGCCUCAUCACUACAAGUGGUCCGCUUACAAGGAGCUUGUGUCCUUGAUCCAAAAGAAUGGACUCAAGAUUCAAGUUGUCAUGUCGUUUCACCAGUGUGGAGGCAACGUUGGCGAUUCUUGCUAUAUACCUUUGCCACUGUGGGUGCUUGAGGAGGUCCAAAACAAUCCGAACAUUGUGUACACGGACAAGUCUGGCAACAGGAACCAUGAAUAUCUUUCGCUCGGCUGUGACUUUCUUCCUGUUUUACGCGGUAGAACUCCUAUCCAGGCCUACUCCGACUUCAUGCGUAGCUUCAAACACGAAGUCCAAGUAGGACUUGGUCCUGCCGGGGAGCUCCGGUACCCGGCCUAUCCCGAAUACAAUGGAAAAUGGAGAUUUCCCGGUAUUGGCGAGUUUCAGUGCUAUGACAAGCACUGGGGACAAGGAGGCCCUCACGACGCCGGUCACUACAACCAGUGGCCAGACGAUACGGGGUUUUUCAACAGAGACGGCUCAUGGAACUCGCCUUACGGCCAGUUCUUUCUCGAGUGGUACUCCGGGAUGCUCAUCUCUCACGGUGAGCGUGUUCUCUCCGCGGCCGAGGCCGUCUUCCGGGGGGCGGGGAUCAAGCUCGCAGGGAAAGUGGCAGGAGUUCACUGGCACUACGGGACCAAGCCUCAUCCCGCGGAGCUCACCGCCGGGUACUACAACACUCGGCUUAGAGACGGAUACACUGGCCUGGCUCGGAUGUUUGGACGUCACGGGGCGGUCAUGAUCUUCACUUGCUUGGAGAUGCGCGACUUGGAGCAGCCCCCUCACGCGCUCUCGAGCCCAGAGAGCUUGCUCCACCAGGUGGUCUCGGCAUGCAAGCAAGCAGGGAUCUCUCUGGCGGGAGAGAACGCUCUCCCUCGAUUCGACGAGGCUGCGUACGAACAGGUGGUGAAGAAGUCCCGGAUGCAAGAGAGCGAGGAGGAGGACGACUGGAUUUCCGCGAGCUCUGGCGGCUGCUCGUCCACGGCGUGCGAGCCUAUGUGCUCGUUUACGUUCUUGAGGAUGAGCGAGAAGCUGUUUUACAGCGAGAACUGGCACAACUUCGUCCCGUUUGUGAGGAGGAUGGCCGGCGGCCGGGCAUUUCAGGAAGAACACCACGACACCGAGUCACACAUGCACGCUACCAGGCCUGUACAAGAAGCUGCUGCCGCUUUGAUGUGUCACUAG